CUCAUGGCAAUCUCCGCAGCGCCUAACUGGAAAACCAUGUCACUUCUCUUUGUCAUACUUCUGCUCUGACGUCUGCCUGGAUAAUUCCUUCAGUCCUUUUCAUUUUAAAACUUUUUUCUCAUCAGCUGAUCCUUUAUUGUGGAAAAGUUUUGAUACUCAGAGAUCAGAAGAUGGCCGUUAGACGACGGGAUGUUUUCUCUUUUAAAGACUCGGAGCUUCCCUGCCACCUCCUCAUCCAGCUCAACAUCCUUCGGCAGGAGCGCAUCCUGACGGACGUUCUGCUCUGCACCGAGCACCAGGAGAUCCCCUGCCACAGGAACAUCCUGGUGUCCAGCAGCCCCUACUUCCGCGCCAUGUUCUGCAACAACUUCCUGGAAAGCACCCAGGCCCGCGUGAACCUGAAGGGCAUCUCUUCAAAUGUGCUCACCGGCAUUGUGGACUACGUGUACACAGGCUGCAUCACUAUCACCAUGGAGAUUGUCCUGCCUCUCAUGCAGGCAGCGUCCAUGCUUCACUAUGGAGGUCUCUUUGAGGCCUGCUCCACGUUCCUCCAGGGGCAGCUGAGUCCAGAGAACUGUCUGAGCAUGAUCCGGCUCUCUGAGAUCCUUCACUGUGAAAGUCUGAAGGAGAAGGCCAAGGAGCUGGCGGUGAGGUGUUUCUCCGAUGUCGCUGCCACAGAGGACUUCUGCGAGCUGUCGCAGCCUGAGCUGAUGUGCUACCUGGAGGACGAUCGUCUCUGUGCCGAGGAGGAGCAAGUGUUUGAGACCCUCCUGGCAUGGAUCCACCACGACCCCUUCUCCAGACGAGGAGCCAUCCACGACCUCUUCAAGAAAGUGCGUCUGCGCUACAUCCAUCCAACCUACCUCUUCCAGUUUAUUGCCAACGACCCCCUGGUGCAGUCCUCCACCCUCUGCACUGAGAUCAUCGACUCGGUCCGCCGCCUCAUGCUCACAGCCAGCACCAAGUGCAGCCAUGAACUGAAGCCCCUCUGGACCACACCGAGACGUUACACAUGCAGAGAAACACUGGUGGUAGUUGGGGGACGCAAAAACAACGAGCAGACCUCCAGAGAAGCCUUGCUGUACGAUGAGCGGACUCAUCGUUGGCAAUGGUUGGCCAAGCUUCCUCUGCGCCUCUACAAAGCUGCGUACGUGUGCAUCCACAGCAUCCUGUACGUGCUCGGAGGCCUCAGCCUCUGCAUGGCUUCGGGCGACAGCUCGGUCAGCGCCACGGUUUACACGCUGUCCCUGAAAACCAACCAGUGGAGGACCGCCGAGCCCAUGCUGGAGCCUCGGUUCGCCCACCAAAGUGUGUCUUAUCUGCACUUCAUCUUUGUGUUAGGAGGAAUCGGGGUGGACAAGCAAAUCUCUCAGUCAGUCGAGAGGUACAACAGCAUGUUCAAUCAGUGGGAGGCCGUGGCACCGAUGCCCACAGCUGUGCUUCAUCCAGCUGUUGCAGCAAGCGACCAGAGGAUCUAUGUUUUUGGAGGGGAGGACGCCAUGCAGAACCCAGUCAGGCUCAUUCAGGUGUAUCACAUCUCUCGGAACCUGUGGUCCAGGCUGGAGACGAGAACGGUGAAAAACGUUUGUGCUCCAGCUGCAGUCAUAGAGGACAAGAUCUACAUUGUCGGAGGCUACACCAGGAGAAUGAUUGCCUACGACACCAAAGCCAACAAAUUUAUCAAGUGUGAGAAUCUCAAGGAGCGGAGGAUGCACCACAGCGCCACCGUGAUCAACAACAAGCUCUACGUCACCGGGGGACGCAUCCUGAAUGGCCACGACGUCAUCGAGGACUCGGACUGCUUCGAGUGCUACGACCCAAAAACGGACGUUUGGACUUCAAAAGGUUCUCUGCCCUACAAACUGUUCGACCACGGCUCUCUGCCGCUCGUCUGUGUCUCCAACCGACCCAAUCCACCAUGACCAGAACCUGGGGGCUUUGCUUUAUCUACCUUUAUCAGUGGUUCACCACUUCAGGCCGGCAGCCAGCUCAGUCUCAGUGGGAUGUUUGGCUACGCUGACUUCAUCUGAAUCAAGGGAAGCCUGUAAAAAGGUGCAACUGCGGCACGGCCUUGAGAGCUUUGAGAUGACGGAGGCUGUUCAGGCUCGUUCAUCAUGAAGAAAAGCUCUUCGCACUGAUGUUUUAUCCCAUUUGAUGCUAAACGUUAAAGUUUUAACUCCCCAGACAAAGUGGCAGCUGUACUUGAACACCGAGUAAACUGUGUCUGAGAUCUCCUGCCUUGUAAAAGUGGCACUUGUUGAUUUGCAUGGAUGAAAUACGGUCUCACCAGAUUAUGACUUUUCCAGACAUAGAAUAUUUAUUCUGUAAAAUUAUGUAUUUGAAAUGAUUUGAAUUAAAACACACCAGUAAAAAUGUCAUCCUUUCAGCUACAAAAUUUCAUCUUGAAAAAAGUUAACAUCAGAAUUUCAACAGCAAGAAAAUGAAGUGACUUUCUGGCGAUCCAAGCCAAAGUCGUGCUGCGUUCGAUUCCUCGCAACUCAGACAUUCUGAAAAGUCACCUGAAACGCCCCAACGUCAGACCUCUCAGUCGUAAAGUACCCUGAACAUCCAAAUGGCAGUUUUCUGUAUCAACACCAUAGUUUUGGUUGAAACAUGUUUAUUUUAACCAGACACACGUAUCAGUGUGCAUUUAAAACAUGCAACUCUAAGCUGCAGAUGAGCUACAGAUGUGUUAAAGAGCAAGUCACCCCCAAAUCAACUUUUUUUUCUGAUAAACUAUAUAAAUGUGUGUCUAAUUGUGCUGCAGACACGUGUAGUCAAUAGUUUUGCACUUUAGUGCAUCUUAGUUAAAAUUUAAAUAUUCUGCCUAAAACUGUCAGCGAUGCACCGUCGUCAGGUAAAAUCUCUGCAUCGCAUUUGAAUUUAAAUCUGCCAUCGUUAUUGGCUAAGAGGUACCCUAGAACGUUAGCUGGUACCAUAUGAUGUCACAAUGUCAUUGUGAGCCUGUGUGUGUGUAUUUGUUAGCGGCUCCGUCCUCUCGGUCUGCUAGGCAACAGCAUUUAUUGCAUU